AAAAGAGUGGAGCGCCAAGAGGCGCACUAUAGUGUGGAGCGGGGAAGCUGCUGCUGAGCUGCUGAAAUCUGGUUCAAGUGAAUAAGCAACAUCCAGGGUAAUUAAAAAUGCCGUACCUGCUGAUGUUUGUCACCCUGCUGCAUCUCAUCACACUGGCAAUGCUGAUUAUUUCAACCAUGGAGAAGUCGUGGUGGUUGUGGGAUGGAACGGAAAAAUCAGACCUGUGGCACAACUGCAGGUAUGACAACUCCACAGAAACCUGGCUGUGUUCAUCUGUCACAGAAACUGAAUGGCUCCAGGCAGUGCAGGUCCUAAUGGUUCUCUCAGUGGUCUUCUCCUCAGUCUCCUUUUUGGUGUUCCUGGGUCAGCUGUUCACCAUGUCUAGGGGUGGUCUCUUCUACGUCACUGGACUGUGUCAAGUGUUUGCAGGCCUGACAGCAUUUUCUGCAGCGCUCAUCUAUGCAAUGCACAACAAGGAAAUCCUGGCAGACUUCAAAGAACUGAUGUCAGGACACUUUGGCUACUGCUUCAUCCUGGCCUGGGUGUGUGUCCCAUUGUUGCUGUGUAGCGGAGUCAUUUACAUCCAUCUGCGCAAGAAAUAGUGAUCUAAAAAAAGGAACACCGUGUCAACCCAUCUAUUGUUGGAAAGAAAACGAAUAUAUAAAGGAGGCGCGUGCCUCAUGUUAUGUUUGCUGUUUGCAUCAGGCUGAUGUUUUUUAUUUGUAUAGACAUGUAUCCUGUUGUGUGGGUGGGUGGGUGGGUGGGUGUGUAGGGUCUUAGUAUAUAAAAGGUUUGAGACAUUUUCACUGCAAAAGUAUUUUGUUGUUCAUUGUUGUCAUGUGUUAAUCACAGAAAAUAAUACUAUCUUUGUGUUCUACAUUAGUGACACUGGCCUUAUAAGGCAUUUGAUUUUCUCUAUUUGUAUAUAUUUGUGUGUGUGUGUGUGUGUGUGUGUGUGU